GUUGAGACGCGAUUGGUCAGGACGACGGCCACGUCCGGGAGCGCCACGUGUACGUAAAGAAUGGACGGAAACGCCUGACUGAAGGCGACGCUGCAGUUUUGACGGCCGCGGAGGCCAUGGAUCGGGAAGGGGAGCUGCUGUCCGCGCGGCCGGCCCUGGAGACGGAGGGACUCCGCUUCUUGCACGUCACGGUGGGCUCGCUGCUGGCUACCUAUGGCUGGUAUAUCCUCUUCAGCUGCAUCCUUCUUUACGUGGUCUUUCAGAAGCUUUACAUCCGGCUGAGGGCCUUGAGGCGGAGGCUCCAGGACCGAGCUGAGGCUGCUGCUAUAGAACGUGAUGUUGUUGUUAAACGACAAGAGGCCUUAGCAGCUGCUCGUUUGAAAAUGCAGGAAGAACUAAAUGCGCAAGUUGAAAAGCAUAAGGAGAAACUAAGACAGCUUGAAGAAGAGAAAAGAAGACAGAAGAUUGAAAUGUGGGACAGCGUGCAAGAAGGCAAGAGUUACAAGCGAAAUGCAAGAAAGCCUCAGGAGGAGGACAGUCCUGGGCCAUCUACUUCAUCUGUAGUCCCAAAGCGGAAAUCUGACAAGAAGCCCUUGCGGGGAAAUGGCUAUAACCCUUUGACGGGUGAAGGAGGCGGGUCCUGCUCCUGGAGACCUGGACGCAGAGGCCCGUCGUCUGGCGGAUGAGGCUAGGAAUCUUGUUAGGGUCACUUUCGACGCUGGCAAGGUGAACCCGAACCCUCAACUCAAUUGCCUUAUGCACGCUUUUCACAGUGACUAGCCCGGGGAGGCGGCUUUAUUUCUUAACUGUACUUGUGUAGUUACAGCCUUCAGUGAGCAUGGGAUUUAAACAGUGCCACACUCCACUUAGAACACUCCACUUAGAGAUGGUGGUCACAGUCGUUGAUUUAACGGUGACUUUCUAGGCGGUAGAGAGGCCUCUCUUUUACAUUAGAAUUCCUUUCUGAAGGACAGUCUCUGUGACGAGCUGCGUUGAAUGAUGUCUUCCUUAUAAAUGGUGAGCCCACCAGUGAGGAUUACUGAUGCAGACAGUUGAUGGGGUUUAUUUCUGUAUAUUUAUUUUUAUGUACAGAACUUUGUAAAAAUGAAAUUGUAAAUAUUAAAAAAAAGUGAAUAACA